GGACUUCCAAUCCGACAACUCUCCUACUUUUUCUACCUACAUGUACCCUAUCGCCUGAUGCUGACUUUAGAGGCUAUAAUCUCCAAUGCAGCUCCCAAAGCUUCCGGCGAAAGCCGCAUACAUCCAUCUUCGAAACCCAGCAAGGCGUAACGCCCUGAGUCUGGAGCUACUCGAAGAUCUCCGCACGCAGCUCCUCGCGCACCUUACGUCACCAUCAUCCGGCAGAGUUCUAACGCUUCCUCCCUUCAGACCCUCGAUCUUGCGGGAGCUCGAAAAGGCAAGCUCCGCGUCUGACUCGGGGGACAGGUGCUCGUCAGGGUACAGCUGGCUCGUCGAUGCCGCAGAAUGGAACCGAGAGCGAGCCGGGCUACCGAACGUACUCGUCCUCCGCAGCAGCCCGGGACCAGUCUUUUCCUCGGGCCACGACCUCAAACAACUCGCCUCGCUCUCGCGUGUCGAGGUGAAGCGCACGUUUGCCCUCUGCGCCGAAGUCAUGUCUCUCAUUCGCCAGAGCCCGGCGCCCGUCAUCUGUCCCAUUCAUGGCCUCGCGACGGCCGCCGGGCUGCAGCUCGCGCUGUCGACAGAUUACCCCAUCGCCCUAUCCACCACCAAGUUCCAGCUGCCCGGCGCUAGCAUAGGGUUACCGUGCACGAGUCCCGUAACGGCGGUAUCCCGGCACCUACCACCGGGCCAAGCGUACCGACUUCUUCUCACCGCCGAAGCGGUCACCGCUGACGAGAUGCGGAGUGCCGUCGAUGUAGUACCGACGCCUGAGCAUGCGGAGUCCACGGACACGGCGGCCGCCGCCUUCGAGGGUCGUGUUUCGGAGGUGGUGGAGAGACUUGCGGGGUCAGCGGGUCAGCCGAUGGCCCUCGGUAAAUGGGGUUUUUGGACACAGCUCGGCAUCAAGGGUGACGAUACUGAUGGUAGAGGAGGUGAUGGUUAUGAGGAUGCGGUAAGCUGGGCCGCACGAAUCAUGGCGCUUCAUGCGAGGAGUGCUGAUGCCCGAGAAGGCAUUGCAUCCUUCACGGAGAAACGCAAGCCGCAACGGCAGAUUUGAAGACCUGGAUAACUGGCCGGGGCCGGAUAUGUUUGGCCGUAAAGACGGCUCCGCCCCGGUUCACUCUGUGGAAUCACCCCAUCCGGGACCGCCGGGGCCCACUUGAUGAGAAAAUUCUGUUUGAUGAUCUCGAUGUUUGCAACUCUGCAUGACAUACUAAAAAAUCUUGACCACUCGCUUCCAAGUGCAAAAGAAUGACCAACGUAGGGCUCGAACCCACAACCCCCAGAUGACCACAACUCAUGAAUGAGAUGAUAGAAGUCUGAUGCGCUA